CUGACCUUUUUGUACUUUUCAAGGUUCGGUACUUGGCGGUCGUUUUGACUACAGAAAUUUCUACCAAGGACAAAGGGCAUGGAUCGUGCCCCGGCAGCAUAUGAGACUACAUAUGAAACUAGGUACGAAACAACAGACGUCUCAUCAGUCAUCAACGUUGGGUUCGUACGGAGUUUAAGUGGAAUAUUGAAGCUUUGUCAAAUUCUACUGAGUUGUAUUGUACUAAUUUGUGUCGCUGCUACUUCAUACUGGUCAAUACACUCGUCCGGUGGAUGGGUAAAUUUCGUUGCAGCUACCACUUUGAUAUGUGCAUCAGUUUUCUACAUAUUUUAUCUAUUCAAUCUUAUCAGGAAAUUGCCAGGUCCUUGGAUUAUAAUUGAGUUUUCUGUGCUACUGAUAUGCACCUUCUUUUGGUUUAUAACGUUGAUCGUUGCAGCGGCUCAUCACUCGAAAGGUUCUGGUGCUAUAGCUGCGGCUGUUAUAUCAACGGCUUCAUAUAGAAAAUGAGGUUGGUAAUUAUUCAAUACAGUAAACAUAGUAGUACACUCCGAAUAUUGAUCUCAUUAUUUUCAGUCUUACUCAUCAAUUCUUAUUCUUUCAUUUUUCCGAAAAAACCCUCUGCAAUUUGCAUAUGUAUAUAGGUAUUUUCAGCUAUCGCUCUUGCGGUUUACAUCACAGAACUAGCCACUCGAUUCCGAUGUGAACGCAGAGGUAAUGGCUUCAUCAUCACAAUGACUGGUGUAAUGACUACACAUGCAACACGUGGUCCGCCUACAUUUGCUCAACCAGCUCCAGGACAUAUGCCAGCUGAUUCAGCAGAUCCACAUAUUGGAUUUUCAGGAGCUUAUGCACCAGGUGAACGUGCGGAUGAAGGUUAUAUAAUGCCAUAAUAACUUGUGUAUUACACUUGGAUUAUUUGUUUACCUCCACUACCCACAUUAUGUGAGAAUCUCUUCACAUCCUCUCAAACUGUCAUUAGGCUCCUUAAACUAUAUACAUAUAAUUGUAUGAUUGUGCUUCUGUUUGGCAUAUAUGGAUUGUUACUCACCAAGUUUGUAUGUUUGAAGCUGAUGAAAUAGACAAUAAAGCACUACAACUCACACAAAAACAGUUAUUACUAACACUUAUUAUUACUAUGAAUUGCAUCAUUUAUGUGUAUAUUAUCUUGGUUUAUUGUUUAAUCUGCCCAUUGUAUCUGAUAUCAUUGCAGUUGAAUUUUGAAGCGUGUUCGUUGCUUUUUUGCGUAUUUCUUGCUAGCUAGAUAGAUAGAUAGUGUUUCAAUUACCUCUUGUUUCCACUUCUUUGUUUUUUUUUUGAUGAUACAGCCGACUGUAGUCAAAUUCUUAUUCGCUAUUUCAUGCCUAUCCAUGCCCCUUUCCUCUUUGCCUCUUUUAUUAUUGCAACAGUUCCGCUUUUACCUUGUUUUCCUCUUCAUCUAAUCAUAUAUGUGUUUCCUGCAUUGCCUACCCCUCAACGCAAGUAUUUGUGUUUGUAUCAGUUUUAUGUCUAUUCGAUUGUUGUGUUGGUUUUUGUAUUACCCUUCAAUAUCCUAUUUUUAUUCAAUCAAUCAGCAUAGAAAUUUGGAGAAUGAUUAUCAUCAGUAAAAGUUGUGAAUUGUUCCCUAAAUGUGUGUUAUAACUUGUUAUUUAAAAUGGAAUAUAACUAAAUAUACAUAUACAUGAGCA